AUGCAAGCCAACGUCAAAGCAUUCGAUGCCCCAUUCUUCGCGAUGACGCCAGCUGAGGCUGCGAGUCUGGAUCCGCAGCAACGAAUGCUGCUUGAGUGUGUCUACACAGCCAUGGAAAACUCUGGAUAUACCAUGAAAAGCAUGCAGGGCUCGUCCACCGGUGUCUAUGCAGGAGCGUUCAUGUGGGAUUACCGCGAUCUUUUGAUCAAGGACGUGGAUACUCCCAUGACUUACACGGCCUGUGGUACAAUUGCCAGCACGCUUGCUGGACGUGUCUCUUGGUUCUACGAUCUCCGAGGUCCAGCUCUUAGUGUCGAUACCGCUUGUUCGAGCAGCAUGGUUGCUCUCCACCAGGCUGUCAUUGGCUUAAAGUCACGCGACUGUAACAUUGCGAUCGCCUGUGGCACCAAUGUAUUGCUCUCCCCUGAAAUGGGUCUUGAGUUGAAUGGUCUUGGAGUCCUAGACCCUUCCAGUACAUCGUACAGCUUCGACAAAAGGGCAAAUGGGUACGGAAGAGGUGAAGGUAUCGCGGCUGUGGUCUUGAAAAGGAUGUCCGAUGCGCUACGAGACGGUGACACCAUUCGCGCUGUCAUUCGCAACACCGGAUGCAACCAUGACGGGCAUUCCCCUGGCCUUACGGCACCAGCGAAAGAGGCCCAGGCUGAAAUCAUGCGACUGACGUAUGCCCAAGCCAACCUCGACCCCGCCGACACCCGCUUCUUCGAGGCUCAUGGAACCGGUACGAACGUAGGCGAUCCAACGGAGGCUGCUGCCAUCAGUGAGAUGUUCACUAAGUACCGAUCGGCGGAGGAGCCUCUUUAUAUCGGUGCCCUGAAGAGCAACAUUGGUCACACUGAGGGCAACUCUGGCAUUGCAUCCUUCAUUAAGGGCGUACUAUGUGUAGAGAAGGGGAUAAUUCCAGCCAAUGCGUGGUUCAAGGAACGAAAUCCCAAGAUCCCAGCCGAGUGGCAUCUCGAUUUCCCGACAACUUCCAUUCCCUGGCCCGAGACCAAGACAGGUGUUCGUCGAGUCUCCAUCAACUCUUUCGGCGUUUCGGGCACCAACGCCCACGUCGUACUGGAAGAUGCACUUCAUUUUCUGAGAGAGCAUGGGCACGUCGCACCCCAUCGCACCAUUAAGGUGCCUCAAUUGCCUGGCAAAUCUCCCAGCCAAGAGACUCCUUUUAUCAAUGGAUCUCUCUUCUCCCCACAACUGUUUGUGCUUAGCAGCCAUGAUGAAAAUGGCAUCUCCCGGCUCUGCUCUGGGUACGAGGCAUACUUGCCGACUAUGAUCGAGUCUCUUUACAAUCUCAGCUACACACUAGCAUCCAAGAGGUCUUUGUUCAAUUGGCGCACCGCAGUCGUGGCCAGCUCAUCUGUGGAAUUGGAACAUGCGCUUUCACUAGGACCGCAGGCAACACGCGUUGUCGCUGAUCCUGGAGUUGCAUUCGUGUUUACAGGCCAGGGAGCACAGUGGGCUCGCAUGGGAAGGGGACUCAUGUGCUACGAGUCUUAUCGAACAAGCCUCGAGUGCGCUGAUGCGUAUUUGAAGACGCUGGGAUGUCAGUGGUCUGUUCUAGACGAGAUUUCGAAGACCUCUGAUGAUUCUCUCAUCAACAGUGCUGAGUAUUCGCAGACUUUAUGCACAACAUUGCAGGUCGCUUUGGUUAGACUUCUUCACGACUUGGGGGUGAAAGUUUGUGCUGCCGUCGGCCAUUCUUCGGGUGAGAUCGCGGCUGCAUACUGUGCCGGUGCAAUUUCUCAGGAGUGCGCUUGGCGUAUUGCUUAUUGGCGUGGAAAAUUGUCUGCCAACCUGGCGAGAUCUCCAUCGCAGCCGAAAGGUACCAUGGCUGCAGUUGGUUUGAGCCUCGACAAGACUUUGGAGUUCAUUGACCGGGUCAAUCAAUCCGGGAUCGAGUCUGUCGGAAAGCUCACUAUUGCUUGCAUGAAUAGCAGUAACAGCCACACCGUCAGUGGCAGUGUUGCAAAUAUCAACGCACUUAUCGCUAUGCUCAACGAGGAGAAGAUCUUUGCACGCAAGCUGAAGGUGGAGAUGGCGUACCACUCAAAGUUGAUGGAACCCAUUUCACAAGAGUACGCCGAAUGCAUCGGAAAGAUCAACCAGAGUUCUCACACGGUUCAGCAUUCCGAGGUUCAGUUCUUCUCGUCGGGAUAUGGGACCCUGAUACAACAUUCAAAGCUGCAAGACGUCAAGUACUGGACCAAGAACUUGACCUCCCCCGUGCGAUUCAACGAGUCAGUGACGGCCAUGCUACAAGCCAUGACCGAAACGAAAGGCGAUGGCAGUCAAUCAUAUCUGAUUUCAGACAUCAUUGAAGUCGGGCCCCAUUCCGCCUUACAGGGGCCUCUUCGAAACAUCAUUCAGGACGUCAGAGCCAAUGGCGACGUGACAUAUCAUCACGUGCUCAAACGGGGCGAAUCUGACUUGGAAGUUCUCUUGGGCGGAGUUGGAUCCUUGUUUUCUCGCGGUAUUGAGGUUGACCUGCUCAAGGUCAACCACGUCCCUGGAGUCCAGCCGUCGAUGAUGAUUGAUCUCCCUCGGUACCCUUUCAAUCACACACGGGAGUACUGGAACGAAUGCCGACUCAGCAGAAACUUCCGCUUCCGCCCGUAUCCUCGCCAUGAACUAUUCGGAGCGCCCGUCAAUGACUGGGACGGAAAGCAUGACGCAAUCUGGCGCAACUGGAUUCGCCUGUCGGAGAAUCCAUGGGUUGAACACCAUACCAUCUCGGGAUCAGUGCUUUAUCCUGCUGCAGGCAUGCUUGUCAUGGCAAUUGAGGGUUGCAAACAGCUAGCAGAGCGUUCAAGCCCAGGAAAGCCAAUCAAAGGCAUCCGGUUCCGUGAAGUAUCGUUUCAUUCGGCCUUGCAGGUCCCCGAGGGCUCACUGGGCGUAGAGUCACACCUGUACCUUCGCCCCGUGAAACAGGCUGCCUUGGAGGCCAAGGCUUCAGUUUGGCGCGAAUUUCAGGUUUGCACAGCCCAGGACGAUGAUGAAUGGCGAGAACAUUGCUGCGGUCAGGUUCUCGUGGAGUACGAUGAGGCCGCGACGGCUGUAGAUGGCGGUCUCGAAGAACAGGCUCUUUGGGCUCACUGCGAGGCCAGGAUUGACCAGGCUCAACAGAACUUCAAGAGCUACGUCCCCUCCGACAAGAUCUACGAAGCUUGGAAGAAUGUCGGCUUAGUGUUUGGUCCAACCUUCCAGACCGUGGAAAGUGCCGUAGUCGACCAUGUAUCCGGCGUCACCAUGGCUAGGGUCAAGCCUACCACAGCUCUUCUGAAGACUCUGAUGCCUCACAACUACCUACAACCUCAUCUGAUCCAUCCUACAACAUUGGAUGGUGCGCUCCAAGCAUGUCUAGUGCCUCUUGUAUCCGACCCCUCCAGGAAGCAAAAGAAUGCCAUUGUUCUCUCUUUCAUGGAAGAGCUUUGGCAUAUGAUGUCAUGUACCGCCGUUGACUCUCGUUCAAAGAAGCCCAUGAUCCGAGUUUCUGGAUGUAUUGUGACAGAGGUGGAUGGCAACGAUGACUCACCCUCCGAGCAUGACCCCAGACACCGAGCAUGGAACAUUGACUGGAUGCCUGACCCCGAAUUUCUCAAAACUGAGAAGACAGAGGAUGCUUUCAGAGGACCCAAUGGAUUCCAGAACUAUUUGGGUGCUCUGGCUCAUAAGAACUGCUCGAUGAAGCUUCUUGACGUCAGCAAUCAAGCUUCUCCCUUCACGAAAGACGUCCUAUAUACCUUGGCUCAGCGUUAUGCGCAGUACGACUUGGCUGUGGCCUCGUCAUGCUUCCUGGACCAAGCACAGAAGAUUGUUUCUGGCGAUUCCGUGCAGGUCAAGAUCUUUGAUGUGAUGGAGGACCCGGCUUCACAGGGCUUUGAAGCGGCUUCAUACGAUGUUCUAUUUGCGCCUGUUGGUAUUAUUCCAAAUGCAGACAUUGAUGGGUUUCUAAACAGGUGUAUCUGUCUUCUCAGACCUGGUGGGAAACUCAUCUUGACGGCUGCGAAUAGUUCUGUUGUGGCCAGAAGCUGGGGCGAAUACCUUAGCGAUACAGGGCUCGUCGGCCUCGAUGCUGUACUUAGCGAUCAAGAUUCAUCGAUAUUGGUUACGAGCACUCCAAUAUCUCGUGUACCUGACGUUGAAUCUGCUUCUGGGAGCUACUACAUUGUAGGAGACCUCACUUCACCGUUCCAGCGUGGCAUGGCCGAUAGACUGUCAUCCUCCUUGCUGGCAAAGGGCUUGAAGACCAACAUCACUACGAUCCCACAGUAUUCCCAACUUGUAGCGUCAGCAACGAUGGAGGAAAUCUCAGAGAGCACUUGCAUUGUACUCAAUGAGCUGGAAACGCCUUUACUGGUCUCGGCCGAUGAAAGCGUCCUGGAGGCUGUGAAGGCCAUGAUAACUGGGAAGCGCCUACUAUGGGUCAACCGGGAUUCAUCCCCUGAUACAUCUCUCAUCAACGGUUUUGCUGCAAGCAUUCGUCUGGAGAGACGCAACCUCCAAUUCGUCACUCUCACUUUCGACUUCGUAGAGAGCGACGACACUGUUUUCAACGGGAUCACCUUGGUAGACGAACGUCUUUCAAGCGCCAAGGGGCAGGUCGAGACCUCAUACAAGGUCAUCAAUGGUCUGAUCACUAUUCCGCGCCUUGUCCAGGCGUCGGCAGUGACGCAGCACAUCCGACAAACUUUAAACGACGACACUUCCGAAGUUGCCUUUGGGGCAGAUUCGAGUCGGCCUCUGCGACUUCAGAUUCAAACCGUUGGUCUUCUGAGUUCGCUGCGUUUCGCCAAUGAUCAUCUGCACUUGGCCCCUCUGGAGGAUCUUGAGGUUGAGUUCCAGACCAUGGCGACUGCCGUCAAUUUCAAGGACCUGGCAGUAAUGCUUGGCAAGAUCCAAGAGACGCCUGUAGGCCUCGAAGCUGCCGGUAUUGUCACCCGAGUAGGGUCUGGGGUUACUCGCUUCCAGCCUGGCGAUCGCGUUUUUGGCUUUACCUUCAACGGCGCUUAUUCUACGUACGGCAGAGGUGCUGAAGGCACCAUUGCCAGAGUUCCCGAAGGCCAAUCAUUUGCUCAGGCUGCAGUCAUUCCAAUUGUGUACACGACUGCAUAUGCCUGUCUCUAUGACAUUGGUGAGCUGGAGAAACGUUUGAGACGUGGCCAAAAGCCUAGCGUGUUGAUUCAUGCGGCGGCUGGCGGUGUCGGCCAAGCCGUCAUCCAGUUGGCUCAGCGCGAGGGUCUCGAGAUCUUUGCUACAGUUGGAAGCAUCGAGAAACGUGACUUCCUCGAGAAGACUUACCGAAUAUCACGGGAUCACAUUUUGUCGAGCCGCGACCUGACCUUCAAAGAUGGUGUUCAGAGGUUGACUGGCGGCCGGGGAGUCGACAUCGUCAUCAACAGUCUUUCUGGUGACACGCUUCGUGCUACUUGGGAGCUUGUUGCACCGUUUGGAUGCUUCGCGGAGAUCGGUUUGGCGGAUAUCGAAUCUAGAUCUCGCAUCUCCAUGGGAACUUUUGCUCGAGGCGUGAGAUUCGAGUCUCUGGAAUUGAACUACAUGCGACAAACAGAUCCUGCGCGUCUAGACGACCUUUUUUCACGCGCCAUGGGGAACGUUAUCGGGAGUGGUCUUGAGCUUGUGACACCCAUCACAAAGUUUUCCAUCUCCCAAAUCCAAGAUGCCAUGCGAUUCAUGCAGUCAGGAAAGCACAUUGGAAAGAUUCUCAUUGAGUUCAAGUUGGAGGAUUUGGUUCAAGUGGUUGAGCCGUGCAGACCCCGUGCCGAAUUCGCUCAGGAUGCUACCUACAUUGUUUCUGGUGGCUUUGGUGGUCUUGGGCGGGAAAUCAUCCGUUGGAUGGUGAAACAGGGCGCGCGCAACCUCAUUGUUACUUCACGAAAUGGGCCCGUUGAUGCAGCUGCAAAGGAUCUCGUUAAAGAAAUCCAAAACAGUGGCGCAAAGAUUGUCACUCCUUCUUGCGACAUAACCGACAAGAAGGCGCUGGAAGAAGCUAUCGCUCGGGCUCUUUCUAAUCUGCCGCCAGUUCGUGGAUGCAUCCAGGCUUCUACAGUCCUCAGUGACAACGUUUUCAGCGAGAUGAAUCUCAGCGAGUGGAAUUUGGCUGUGGAUGUCAAGGUGACUGGAAGCAGGAACUUGUGGGAAGUCCUUACAACCAGGAGUGAUGCCUCAACACUCGACUUCUUUGUCAUGCUGUCUUCUCUUACCAGCGUCACUGGCAACAACGGUCAGGCGAAUUACAGCGCGGGUAACUCGUACCAAGACGCAAUGGCACGGUUCUUGUCGGCCCAGGGCCACAAUGUCGCCGCCCUCGAUGCCCCAGUGUUGACCGAUGCUGGGAUGGUCGCUGCAAGACCCAUGUUGAGGGAGUAUCUUCUCUCUAUCGGCUGGGCCAGCAUGUCGGUUGAGGAGCUUAUCAAUGCGCUGGACUACUACUGUCGCCCCAAAUCUCAAGGUGUGGGCUUGCGAGCUAAGGAUGCCCAAGUCAUUCCGAGGCUUUGGCUUCCCAGAUAUUCGGCGGCUGAAGGGGCUGAGCAGCCGACAUGGCAGCAUGAACCGAUAUACAAUCAUCUGGUUUUGAAAGGCGCUCAUUGUGGUGAUUCGCUGCCCGGAAAACAAGGAUCUACUAAACGCUCACUUAGCGAUGCAAUCGGGGCGGCUGAGUCUCUAGAGGAUGCCGAACAACUCGUACGUGAAGCCUUGCUGAGACAACUGGCCAAGAUUCUUAGCUACGAGCUAGCAGACCUUGACUCCUCCAGACCUUUGAAUGCGUAUGGAGUAGACUCUCUCGUGGCUGUAGAGCUCCGAGUGUGGCUGACAAAGGAGGUUGGCGCUGACAUUUCGGUCUUUGAGAUUACGAGCGGUCAGCGCAUCAGCCAGCUUGCUGGAAAGGCCGCCGCUACUUCAAGAUUUUGGUCAAAAAUCAAGGUUCAGUGA